CCCCCCCCCCCCGCCCCCGCGUCUCUUGCGGGACCACACUGGCUGUCCCCGUGGGGCUCCGAGUGCAGAGCCCGCCGUUGAAGCAGGACAGCUGGCUGGCUCCCAGCACGAGCCCCUAGGACUCUCACCUCUCACCGGGGAAGGGGCUUCUGGGUCCUUCUAGAAACCCCAGCCCACUGCCCCAGGGCCGUUCUGCAGCUGCGGGAGAGAGAGGUGCAGAAUGAAUGUCCCUCCGCUUCCGGGAGGAGGCAAGGGAAGAGAGGUUGGAAACUAACUCUGCCAGACACUGCCGUGUGUGGGAUUUUUCUUUUCUUCUGCUUCAUCUCCACCACAAACCUGGCUCUUCCCUGGCCAUCGGGACACGGGCUCCCCUUGCCAGGUAGAGGGAGAGCGGGAAAAGGGCUCCCAGAGACAGGAAGGCUGCUCGCCUUCCUCUGGCCAUACGCCGUAAAGGAAGUAAUGCAUACAGAGUAACAGAACGCUGGGUGGUGAGCAAGUGUGAAACGCACAGGCUGUGAUUCAACUCUUCGCCGCCUGCCCGAAUCCAGCUGGCGCUGAAAUUGAGAGCAACUUUUGUUUCCAUUCAGCCGCCGAGUUUUUGUCUUGAUUGGAGUGCGUUUUGGAAUGACGUCUCCAGCAAUGUCCAUGCCCUUCAGGGCCAGGGGCCUGCCUCCUGGACACCGCCACCGGGGCUCCUGCAGCCCCCUGGGUCAGCCGCUGCCCGGCUCCACGCAGCCGCGCUCCCUUAAGGGGCUUUACUAUCGCAGGGCCCGCAAGGUGGGCGCGCUGGACGCCUCCCCCGCGGCGGACCUGGAGAAGGAGAUCCUGGUCAACGUCGGGGGCCGGCGGUACGUGCUCCCCUGGAGCACGCUGGACGAGUUUCCGCUGAGCCGCCUGAGCAAACUCAAGUUCUGCCGGAGCCACGAGGAGAUCGCGCAGCUCUGCGACGACUACGACGAAGCCACCCGGGAGUUCUUCUUCGACCGCAGCCCCAGCGCUUUCGGCAUGAUCGUGAGCUUCCUGGCGGCCGGCAGGCUGGCCCUGCUGCGGGAGACGUGCGUGCUGUCCUUCCGGGAGGAGCUGGCCUACUGGGGGAUCGAGGAGGCCCACCUGCGGCCGUGCUGCCUGCUGGAGCUGCUCCGGAAGCUGGAGCAGCUGCGCGAGCUCCGCCAGCAGGAGGCGCUGCACCUGCGGCGCGAGGCGCGGCGCCCUCCCGGGGACCCGUCGCGCUGGGGGGUCUUCAUGAACUGGCUGCGGGAGACGGUGGAAAACCCGCGCUCGGGGCUCCCCGGCAAGGUCUUCGCCUGUCUGUCCAUCCUCUUCGUGGCCACCACGGCGGUCAGCCUGUGCGUCAGCACCAUGCCCGACGUGAGGGCGGAGGAGGACAACGGUGAGUGCUCUCAGAAAUGCUACUACAUUUUCGUCGUGGAGACCGUGUGCGUGGCCUGGUUUUCCCUGGAGUUCUGCCUGCGGUUCGUCCAGGCCCGGGACAAGUGCCAGUUCUUCCAAGGGCCCCUGAACAUCAUCGACAUCCUGGCCGUCUCCCCGUACUACGUGUCGCUGGCCGUGUCCGGCGAGCCCCAGGAGGACGGCAGCUGGCCCGGCGGGGGCUCGUACCUGGAGAAGGUGGGGUUGGCGCUCCGCGUGCUGCGGGCGCUGCGCAUCCUCUAUGUGAUGCGCCUGGCGCGCCACUCGCUGGGGCUGCAGACGCUGGGCCUCACCGUGCGCCGCUGCACCCGCGAGUUCGGCCUCCUCCUCCUCUUCCUCUGCGUGGCCGUCACGCUCUUCUCCCCCCUGGUCUACGUGGCGGAGAACGAGUCCGGGAGGGUGCUGGAGUUCACCAGCAUCCCCGCCUCCUACUGGUGGGCCAUCAUCUCCAUGACGACCGUGGGCUACGGGGACAUGGUCCCGCGCAGCGUGCCGGGUCAGAUGGUGGCCCUGAGCAGCAUCCUGAGCGGGAUCCUCAUCAUGGCCUUCCCCGCCACGUCCAUCUUCCACACUUUCUCGCACUCCUACCUGGAGCUCAAGAGGGAGCAGGAGGAGGUCCAGGCGCGCAUCCGCCGCCUGCAAAACGCCGCCACGGCCAGCGAGCGCGAACUUCUGAGUGACGUCGACGACCUGGGCCCGGAGGGCCCCGCCUCGCCCGCUAAAUACCUGUAACUCCAGGCCCUCCAGGGAAAGGGCGGCCCCGCGACCCAACGCCCUCCGCUGACCGGGCUAGAGAUCACCACGGUGGAGACCAUCUGGUGGGACGUUUCUAGAGCGCCAGGAGCGCUCCCACAGCUGGGAGGGGCGCAAGGCCACCGGGCUUGGCCUGCCGUGACUCGGGACCCCUCUGGCCACCGCGACUCCGGCCGACCUUAUCGACGCUCCUUGCUUUCUCCUCUCUCCCUGCCCCUCGCUCUUUGUUAGGUCAGUCAGUCAUCCCCCAGUGUCCUUCCUUCCCUGUAGUGCUCCACACCCCAGGCUGCGUUCCAGAUGCCCACAGAACCGAGCCUGCAGGACUCCGUUCCUCCCCUAAGACCCGCUUUGCGGGGGCCUCCCUACCACCAGGGACUGGAGGGUCCGGUCACUGCGAACCCAUCUGAUCGGAUCCCCCCACCACGGCGCAUCCUAUCGUGGGCUCCCGCAGGGCUCAGUAUGUCCCCUUUCGCCCCAGUAUGUUCCAUUUUCCCAGUGCCGCUGCCUCCCCGCACCCCCCCCCCCCGCCAACUCUGGAAGCUCUCAGCCAAGAAGGCAGAAGCGGCCUGUGCGUUAACCCCCCUGGGCCAGCUGCGCUCUGGCUGGGACGUUCUCCAGGUGUCCAGUUCUUGGCCUUGACAGAGGCUCACUCUUGCAGGACCUGCAUCGCCCCUUGAGAGAACCGUUCCUGCUGCUGGAUCCCCCCAGCGCGGCAGAAGCCGCCCCUUCCCACCCUCAGCUGGGCCACCCCGGGGGGCGGUAUAGCUCCGGAGCGGAAGUGAGGGCACCCUUUCGAUCUGCCCUUGCCGCCUCCCCAGACCAGGCCCUAGCUGCCAAAGGGUACGUUCCUCAGCUUA